GGUUAUAUAUGGAGGACAGCCAUACUGAUGCGUGCACUUUAGCCCUUGGCCUUUUUUUCAGCUUCAGCAAUGGUGAAGUAUUCUAGGGAGCCAGACAACCCUACGAAAUCCUGCAAGGCCAGAGGGUCCGACCUAAGGGUUCACUUUAAGAACACAAGGGAGACAGCCCAUGCCAUCAGGAAGCUGCCAUUGGCCAAGGCUAAGAGGUAUUUGGAGGGUGUUCUUGCUCACAAGCAGGCGAUUCCUUUCCAGCGUUUUUGUAGCGGUGUUGGGCGCACUGCUCAAGCAAAGAACCGCCAUCCAAAUGGGCAAGGGCGUUGGCCUGUCAAGUCUGCGAAGUUCAUUUUGAACUUGCUCAAAGGUGCUGAGAGUAAUGCAGAUGUGAAAGGCUUGGAUGUGGAUACACUGUGCAUAUCGCACAUCCAGGUGAAUCAAGCCCAGAAGCAGAGGCGCCGAACUUACCGUGCCCAUGGAAGGAUCAACCCUUACAUGUCGUCUCCUUGCCAUAUUGAGUUGAUAUUGUCCGAAAAGGACGCCUCUGUUAAGAAAGAGGCGGAAACUCAAGUGGUGCCCAAGAAGACAAAGAAACUUCGCAGUGGGGCUUCAUCUUGAGGAGUACGGAGAGAGAGAGAGAGUCAGGUUUUGUUUCUUAGUUUUCAAAUUUGCCUGUAGUUCUAUUUUCUUGAUAGGGUUGGCUUGACGUUAUGGAUAGUGGUUCAUUCAGUGAUUUGUCUUCCUAGAAAUGUCAAUUUUGUUUUUUGGAGCCAUAACUCUUAUUUUUGGGUCAGAGAGAGAUGUUUGUUUGUUUCUCGAAGUGUGUUGGUUUCAUUACGGAGCAGGUGUUGAAGGAGUUGCUUGGGUGGCAUGGAUGGUCAAAAAAUGGCAGCAGUACCCGCUAUUUUGUUCUUUGGGAGGAAGUCGUAUGCCUUCCUCUGCUACCCUUACAGAAGUAGGAAAUGUUAGACUCAGCCCGUCCAAUGGACUCUUUCGUCAGAGUUCAAUCCAAAUAGAGGACUGAGAAACUUCUAAAUCCAAGUAGAGGACUGAGAAACUUGGACCCUCUCUCUUUCUCUCUCUCUAAAUCCAAGUAGAGGACUAAGAAACUUGGAAUCUCUCUCUCUAAAUCCAAGUAGAGGACUGAGAAACUUGGAAUCUGUGUGUAAAAUCUAACAACAGGUUGUCACCUAAAAUGAAUAAUAGUAUAAGUUAUGUUUCCAGCU